UCAUUGAAAAUGGUCUGCAGGCCGCGCAUGCGCUUGAGCUCAAAAACAAACCAAAACCGACUGCGAUACUUAAACCGAUACCGAUACACAAGUCAAGCGACUGUCGCGUUUUCGCGUUUUGCUUCCAUUUAAUUUCGUAUUUUCUUUGAUUUUUUUUUAUUGUGUGGUGCACAUUGAAAGUUUGACGCCUCUGAGUGUUGUGAAAAAACGAUUCGACUUUAAAUUUGGAUUUUUUGGAGAGCGCAGCGAACGAGAGCGGCCAACAAUUGAAAAUAUACUAGACAUAUGCUCAUUUCCUCUGGUGUUUGUCCUUGAAGUCUUUGACUUGUUUUACCAGGAUGCUCUCUGAGUGCCUGGCGCUGAUCGUCCUCCUUCAGCUGGGGGGUGUAUCGCGGGCCCUGCCUACCAUCCAGGGCGGAAAUGCGCGUCAGCAACUGGACAAGAGCUUCUUUCAGCCGCCGGAGAUUGAGCAAACGAUUGACGAAGUGCAGAAAAUUUUGGCCAACGAUCCGGCCUUGCCUAGACUAACGCGUGGCGAGAUCGAGGAGCUCUACGAGAAGGUGACCCGCGAAGAGUACGAGAAAAGCCUGGAGGCAGGCGAUAUGAGCCGGGCGGACAGCAUGCGCGCUCUUAUGCUCGUCCUUCCCUUCAACACGGACAACAAUACGGAAGAGAAUCUCCAGGAGCUGUACACUCGGGCUCCGGUGACCCGCGUCAUUGAUGCCUACACGCCACCAGAUCCCGUAAAGUUUCUCACGGCAGAUCCCAGUGCUCUGCCGAGGAGUACAGUGCCUGGCGGAAAUCCUGCGGUAUCUGCCACAACUUACAAGCCAGCCUAUAGCUUGCUUAGUGGACAGGCUAAUCUUCUUCACAACCAGUUUAGGCCUAUGCCGCAAGCCACCACUUACCAUCCGCCAGCUCCACCGCCGGUGGUUUAUCAGGACUUUAAGCCCAUUAAUGCAGCUACGUCGUCUACAGCUAAUCCCGCUGCUGCACCACCAGCAGCUCGAUUUAGCUCCCAUUACAAUGCCAAGAACGCACAGUUCCUAAGAAAGCCCAAGCCCUCUGGAGGAGGUACUUCCUCCAGCACGGUAAAACCCGUGGCAGACAUUCUCGAGAGCCUGGGUAUUGUUUCGGGUGGUAAAAGCGAUUCUGCCCACAAGCGGUAUGCGAUAGACGACUACUAUCCUUCAGAGAGUGCUCCUCAGCCAUCUGUGGUGGCAGUAGCCGAUCUACGGGGUCUCCAAGGCGCUCGAAUUCGCCCAGAGGCCUACUCAAAUUUUAAGCCGUUAAAUAUUGGCGAAGAGUUGCGCGUAAAGCCCGAAGUCGAGGGCUAUCUGACACGGUUUGGGAUAGUGAAGAAGGCUUCAAAGGCGCUUAAGAAAGAGGCACAAGGACUGGGAAAUACCACUGAUGAGCCAACCGGUGCGCACACGGAACUGUCCACUGCGACGGCUCGGCUGCCGCCUAAGGGAAACUCAGAUUUGGCCAAGUUGCUAGAAAAUCUGCAAGAAUUAGAACGACUUCAAUCGCAGCCUACGAAAAAGAUUGCCGCAAGCACCACUAGUACAACAAGCACUACUACCACUCCUGCCCCAGUUCCACUCAUCACCCAUGGCGAACCCCUGCUCAUUGAGGCCAAAAAGCCCCGAAGAAGAAUUGAUCCAAAUAUAGACCUUAACUUCGCCAACGCUGGAAACCACCAGAGUACGUCCACAAGCACAGAUGAGUUGUCCAAACUUUUGCAAAAUCUUCAGGAAUUGGAAAAGUUGAAGAUUAACCCGGAGAACGUUAUUAGGGCAGCCGGUCCAAGUGUCCAAUCCUUGAGUAACCGAUUUUCUACGACCAGCACCACGAGCACAACUACCAGCACGACCACAACUCCCUCGCCGUCCCAAAGCGAUGCUCGUGAUUUGCAGCGGAUCCUCAAGCAGCUGCAGCAGUUGGAGAACUCCAGCAGAUCUACAACUAGCACCACUGUCAAACCUUCGAGGAAUAAGGACUUCGGACUGGGCCUGGCAUUGGGCCAAGGCAACUCUCUGGGUGCUGCCGAUCUCCUCCAGCUGCAGCGUCUAUUGAGUGAUGAUCGAGAAUUGGAGAAGCUUUACGAGCAAGCGAGGAACACCAAAAAGAAGCAGCAGCCCAAGGCGACAACUAGCACCACCUCGACCUCCUCCACCACUUCAACAACGACUACAACCACCACGCCCCGACCUACUUCUUCAGUGGAUCAUGCACAGUUCGAGGCUUUGAUUACCCGUGUUCAGCAGCUGGAGCAACUGCAGCAGCCCACUACAUCGCCCAAUUUCCUCACAAGAAAUGUUGUAGGUUCCAGCCCGGGGCUCACCGUGCCCAGUAACGAUUUUGCUCACCUACAAAAUCUUUCGCCGACCUCAAGCUCAAUCGUUCCAGGGGUCGGAGCAGUGGAGAUCUCAACUGCCGCAUCUACAUCUAAGCAAAGGCCACUAAGCCACUUUGAGCGGAGCAAUGGCCUGCUUCAGAACGAUGUUCAUCCACAAGACUACGUGCAAUUGCAGAAGCUGUUAAGUAAAGUGCAGGAACUGGAGAGAGUGCAACUCCGAACAGAUCAAAUGACUGAGCCGCAGUCCCAACUAGUCACCGCUGCCUCGGUGCGCAGUGCCAAUAUUAAGACCGUUAAUGGAGCUCACAUAGUUUAUGCUCAGUCAGCCAAGGAGCAGGAGGUGGUGCCGGAACUCGAGCACAAGCUGGAUUUGCCUGUUUACCAGAAGCCACCGACGUUGUCUGCGCCUUCUCAAACUUCCAGUGAGGAGCUCCGAGAACUUGCCAUGAGUCAGCCGGCCCAUCCGCAGCGCGGCUCCUGGUCAGAAUUUGGCCAGUUACAACAAUUCUUUGGCAGCUUGGAGGACACCGGGGAGCGCCAAAGCUACCAGCACAUGAAGCCUAUUUACAAGACGGUGCAAACUCAGUCGUCGACCACGCCAGCAGCUCCUCGUUUUGUACCUGCGAGGAAACCUCCAACUACGCCUAGCCCCGAGCCAAGGAAGGCGAAUGUCGAGGAGUUGCAGAAGCUGCUGUACAACACCCAACAGCUUCAGAAACUAGGCGUGGCGUUACCCCACGAACUGUCGCAGCAGCUCGAGAGUCAGCUGCAGGCCACAUCGCCCUCCACAUCUUCGACCAGCACUACGACUACUCCUGCCCCCACUCAAGUGCAUGACACCUCCUCACCGGCAGUCUUUUCGCUGACUACCAGUCGUCCUAGGGUGCGUCCCAUUCAGGAACCAAAACCCACCACAGAGAGUAGUCUCCAGCUGCCCAUUUUUAGUGCUACCAAAAUUAUCGAGGCGGCCAUAAAGCGGGCUGCCAAUAGGAUAGGUGUGAGCACUGAACUGACGCCCAAGCAGGGGUUGCCAAUUGGAUUGGUCAACGGAUUGGGCGUAGGCAGUGGCUUUAGGCGGCGCAGCGAUGAGGGCGACUUGGAGGACCUAAACGCCGAUGAAGACAAGGCGGGCGAGCUUGACGGCGACCUCAUGGCGGAGUUUACCGAGCUCAAUUACCAGUUAGCCAAACCGGAACCCGAAACGACCAAGGUAAAGAGGAAUGACUCCAAAAGCAAUACCAGCGAGCUUCAGCGUCUAAUUAGCAAUCUUCAGGAGCUGCAGAAUCUCAACGUAAGCUUAGACACUGUUAAUAUGUCACCAUCCAAUACGACGGCCAAUUCAGACGCCGCCUAUCUGCAGUCGUUACAAAAUGGUCAAGAUGAGACCCUUAAGGCGCGGCGACAGAGUGAUGGCAUUAGUACCACAGAGAGUGGCAAGGAGAAGGAGGAGGAGGACCCGACUAAGAUCAGCCUGAGUUUGGGUCUAGACGACACCGACGUAAACACUAAAUUACCAGUUGAAGAGGGAACGAGUACCACUAGUACCACCACUACUACAGAGGAACCCCGUAACGGAUCUCUCGACGACUUGGCCGACUCAUUCGGACCCGAUCCCGUCAGCGAGGAGCCACCGCCACCGAAAAAAAAGAAUGGAUUCUACUUCCUAGCUGACUGGAACUCGUUUCUAGAAGUUGGGGACGGCGACGACCAGGUGGUGGUUCGACUGAGUCCCAAGAUUGGAGAUCCGCGACUAUUUCUACCAGUCAAAAUUCCCUCUUAGGAGGGGUUCCCCGGAACUAAAAGUUGUACAUAUGUUUCCCCUCACUUCCUUGUCUUCUCCCUACGUUUGUUAUCAUAAUUUGUGUGUAUUUAUUUUAGUCACUGUCCUGUCCAUCUGGUUUUCAGUCGGAUGAGGGGGUUCGGGAUGCCCAGUCCGGGGACAUGUAGCCGUAAGUCGGGUCUAGGCUGUAAGAGUCAAUCACCGAAAUCAAGGACUACAUAGAGACGUGGUUAAUGCUAUGUAUAUGUGUACCUAAAACUCUCGAAAUAAAUAUAUAUCUAUAUAGUUA